UAAAAUGAAAUAAAUUGAUUGAUUUUGUUUCAUUUGUUUUUGUUAAAAUUAUUUGUUUUUGAUAUCUGAGUGAAAAUUAUAACUGAAACUGAUAUAUCAAUGUCCGAUAUAUCAUUAAGACGCCGUCCACGUGAUAGCUAUUUUCUACAACAAACAUUUCGUACACAUUAUCCAUUAAUGACUGUCGGUUCAUGGAUACCGAUAUUUAGAUUAUUAGCCAUAGUUUAUAUGAUAUUGGGUUUGAUUUGUUUCUAUCAAAAUAUGACUGUUACUGAAUAUAAAUUUGAAUACACUGAUUGUUUAAGUGAAUCGGCAAUUGAAUCUAAGAAAAAUAAUACGAAUAUUUUAUAUUGUAAAGAUGAAAUUGAUAAAAAUCCUGGUCAUAUUUGCCAUUGUCAAAUAUCAGUCUAUAUGAGUUCAAUACCGAAAAAUGUUUACGUCUAUUAUGGGCUAGAAUUUUACUAUCAAAAUUAUUUGCCUUAUGUUGAUUCGGUGGAUAAUUUUCAAUUAUGUGGCCUUCGAUUAACAAGAGGAGAAUGUUCAAGCAAUGAUAAUGAUACAUUGCCAACAGUUCCUUGUGGUAUGAUCGCUAACAGUAUGUUUAAUGAUACAUUUGUAUUGAAAAAAAGAAUCCUUGCUAGAGAUCAGUCUGGACAUACUAAACGAUAUCUAUUCCCAAUUUCAAUCAUACGCAAGAAUAUUAGCUGGAAAUUUCCUGAACGUUAUCGAAAUCCAACAGUACCGAAAAAUCAAACACUGAAAUAUGUAUUUCGUAACACAAAAAAACCUGCAAAUUGGCAUAAACCAAUCUAUGAGUUGGAUCUCGAUGAUCCAACUAAUAAUGGUUUUGAAAAUGAACCAUUCAUUAAUUGGAUGCAAAUAUCCCCAUUUUCAUCACUUCGUAAAGCUUAUGGAUAUAUUGAUCAUUCAGAUAAUUCAUUCACAUCGACCGGUUUACAAGAUGGUUAUUACCUACUUCAGAUCAAUUAUUCAUAUCCAGUUCAUCGUUUUAAUGGAAAAAAAUUCAUAAUCAUUUCGAAUACAUCAUUGCUUGGCGGAAAAAAUUACUUUUUGAGCUAUAUAUUUCUUAUAACAUCUAUACUCAAUUCGAUUAUUGCCAUCUUAUUCUAUUAUCUUGAUAAAAAAUAUGGCAAAGUUUCAACACAGGUUUAUGAUUAUCUCUAUUAUAAUUAUCAACAAGAUGAUCGACUUAGUGGCAAACGAUAUUCACGUCAAUGAUGGACUAUAUUUGUUGUCAAUAAUAUCUAUUCUUUUUUUUCUUUU